AGUCAUUUGCCGUUUUGAGAUAGGACAGGAACUGCGUCCGUUUAAUGGUCGUUAAUAGGGGUCGUUGUGGACCAUGCAGUUCGCGUAACGAACGUCCGGCAUCGUGUACAUUCCGUGUUCCCUGAAAAAUUCUUUACGAAUGGAAACAUUCCUUGGCGACCGUAUAUGAGCGAAGCUUUCAAUUUCAACUGUUAAAAGAUGCUGGGUAAUUGAUUAAAUAAUGCUAAAUGUAAAUCUCGAAUUGCGGUAUUCGCACCAUUACCGGAGAUGUUGAAGUUUGCGGUGACUCUAAGCGCUUUGGUGGCCGUCGCCUGGUCACGUGCUGUCGCUCCCGACGACCUCCAUCCGACAUCGGAUGAGAUGAUCGAUUUCAUCAACAACCUCAACACGACUUGGAAGGCUGGUCGCAACUUCGACGAGUCCCUCGAUCUGGAAUAUUUCCGAGGUCUGAUGGGCGUCCAACCUAUGUCGCUGCCAUAUCGUUUUCCGACGAUCGAGCACGACGUCAACCCGGAUGUUCUUCCCGAAAGCUUCGACGCCCGCGAGAAAUGGGGUUUUUGUUAUAGCGUUAUCGCAGUCAUCGGGGACACAGGCUCUUGUGCAUCCUCCUGGGCGGUCGGAGCAGCAGGAGUCAUAUCGGACCGUACCUGCAUUCAUACCGACUCGGCUCUCAAUGUGAACAUUUCAGCGGAAGAUAUCAUGGAGUGCGCAGAUACCUUUUGCGGAGCGGGGUGCAGAGGCGGGUUGCCUGGUUGUGCUUGGUGGAGCUGGCAGCACAGAGGAAUUGUGAGUGGCGGUCUCUAUGGCACCAAGGACGGCUGCAAGCCCUACGCAAUCCCUCCCUGCGAACACGUUGGCAAGGGCAAGCGACCACCUUGUACGGCACCCAAGAAAGCUCCGGAGUGCCUCACAAAAUGCCGCGAUGGGUACAAGACGAAGUACGGCGAAGACAUAUAUACCGCAAAAACAACUUACGACGUUCCAAACGACGAACACCAGAUCAUGGCAGAGAUCUACAAAAACGGUCCUGUGCAAGCUGAUUUCACGGUCUAUUCCGAUUUCCUGAACUACAAAUCCGGUGUGUACCAAGAACAAACUGGCCAACCCCUCGGCCUCCUAGUAGUUAAAAUCCUGGGAUGGGGCAAAGACAAUGGUGUGCCCUACUGGUUGGUGGCCAACUCCUGGAACACCGACUGGGGAGAGAAUGGCUACUUCAGGAUCCUGCGGGGCGGCAAUGAAUGCGGAAUUGAAGGAGAUGUCAUAGCUGGAAUUCCAUGGUAUCAAUAACAACAACAACUAUACAACUGCUACUGAUUAUGACUAUGAUUAUGGGUGAUUCACCGUAACAAUUUCGGUACCAUACUUCAGUGCAUGUGUGUUAGUAGAACGAAUAAACUGCUUGUGUACGUCUA